UCCUACACCUGAAAUAUAAGCUGACCUACAGGUAGCCAAGAACUCAUUGAAGGAGUUUUCUUCCUUCUCUCUCCUUUUUGUUCUCACAAACUGUCCUAAAUAUAAUUAUGCCAAAGUUCAAUGUGCAUAAGCAAGGGCAAUAGAGGAGUGGGGACAUUGUGGAACUCUCCAGGAAGGGUAUUACAGCAGGUUCAUGUUGCAGAUUAUAACUACUGAGAACAAGUGAAGCCACACACCUGAGAAGGCAAUAACACUAAAUCCUCACUGCUUGCCAUGCAAAUAGGUUGACAAACUAUCAACCAAAGAGAACACACUUAAGACCAAUAUGUCCACCAAGAAGGCAGAUUUCCAGCGGAGGAUUGUCUCCAAGGAUGGACACAACCAAGUGCGCAUUGACAAUGUGGAGGGCAUGGUAAAGCUCUAUCUCCAUGACAUCUGGACCACGGUGGUGGACAUGAAGUGGCGCUACAAGCUCACACUGUUCUCCUCCACCUUCGUCAUGACCUGGUUCCUCUUUGGCGUAAUCUUCUACUUCAUCGGCAUGGGCAACGGUGACUUCAAGGGUGAGCUGCUGUCCAACCACACGCCGUGCAUCAUGAAUGUUGAGACCCUUACCGGCGCCUUCCUCUUCUCCCUGGAGUCGCAGACCACCAUUGGCUACGGUUUCCGCUACAUUACCGACGAGUGUCCACUGGCCAUCUUCGUCCUGGUGGUCCAGCUGGUCACCACGGGCCUGGCUGAGAUCUUCGUGACCGGGGCCUUCCUGGCCAAGCUGGCACGACCCAAGAAGCGGGCCGAGACUAUCAAGUUCAGCCAGUCGGCGGUGAUCUGCCGGCACGAUGGCAAGCUAUGUCUGAUGGUGCGUGUGGCCAACAUGAGGAAAAGCCUGCUGAUCCAGUGCCAGCUGAUUGGCAAGCUGCUUUCGCCCAACGUGACCGAGGAGGGCGAGAAGACUCUGAUCCACCAGACAGCUGUGGACUUCUACAUGGACUCAUGCGGGGAGUGCCCCUUCUUAAUCCUGCCCCUCACAUUCUAUCACGUGUUGGAUGAGAGCAGCCCGCUGGUGGGGCUGACCGCGGAGAGGUUGCGGACGCGCGACUUUGAGCUGCUGGUCACCCUCAACGCCACCAUGGAGUCCACGGCAGCCACGUGUCAGAGCCGCACAUCGUUCGUUCCCCAGGAGAUCCUGUGGGGCUACGAGUUCAAGCCCGUGCUCUUCAGCACCCCCAGUGGCCGGUACGUGGCCGACUUUAACUUCUUUGACAAGGUGCAGUUAAGCAGCGACCCGACACUCCUCAGCAACAACACAGAGAAGCUGAAACUGGAGGAGGUGUACAAGAAGGAAUAAGGGAGGACACUCAAACAUGUUGGACACACUGGUAACGAACAUGAUACACUUUAAUGGUUGUUUUACCAUAGUUACUGUCUAGAAACAAUUUGGAAAUACACCCAGCUAGCAAAUUUGGUUCCUUGGAAGUUGUGGGAACGUAUGUUUUUGGUUUCACAUUGGUUAUGGGAACGAAGCCAUAUGUUUUCAUAAGUUUAACAUUUUUACCUGUUCUGGGAACAUUUAUUUUUAGGUUGCAGGAAGACCCUGGGAAAGUUUUACUCUGGUUCCUUUAAAGUUUUUCUGGGAGGUUUUAUUAAACCUAAAACCUAGCUUAGUUUGGGUUAAUGUUAUUGAACUCCAAGCAUUUCCUUAAAGCAUUAAUCAUGCAAACACAUGUAUUUUUUAUUGUGACACAGCAUCUGUGGGAUUUGAACCUUUGAACCUUUGAUCUUCUGUUUUCUAUCCAUGGAAUUAGUCCACUGCGUCAAGGAGCUAACAUGGAAUAUUUUUUACACAUACAAAGCUGUUCAUUUUAGUAUGCUCAUACACACCUAAUUUCAAAGGAAGCGAGAACUCAUUAAUUAAGAUCAGACGUGACCAAUUACUGGCCGCGGCCAACACACCUGAACACACUUAACAAGAUACAGGCUAGAGAGAGUUUUGUAGAUGCUGAGAACAUAAUGUAUAUGUUUUUAAAUAUCAAUCUUAGAACAUUCUCUAAACGUUACAAAAGUUUAUUUGAGGAUUUGGAUAGAAUGGAUAGAAUGGAUGACUUUAAAUAUAACCAUGAGGAAGCCUGUAGGAAACAUUAUACUGAAGUCCUGAAAUUCCCACAGAAUAACAUUGUUUCUUAAUGUUCU